AUGGCAAAAGCGGCAGCCUCUUCGCCGCUAGAGGACUUAGAUCUGAGCGGAGAGGAGGUCCAGCGGCUCACCUCCGCCUUUCAGGACCCGGAGUUCCGGCGAAUGUUUUCCCAGUAUGCCGAGGAGCUCACGGACCCCGAGAACCGGAGGCGCUACGAAGAGGAGAUUACCGCGCUGGAGCGUGAGCGCGGAGUGGAGGUGCGGUUCGUGCACCCCAAGCCUGGCUACGUGCUGCGCACCAGCCUGGAUGGAGCGCGGCGCUGCUUCGUGAAUGUGGCCAGUAACACGCUGGUAAGCGCACCCACCAGCCGGCCAGGCUCUGUGAACGCGGCGACCGGUAGCCAGUGGUCCCUGCCCUAUAGCCUGGCGCCCGGCCGCGAGUACGCAGGGCGGCGCGGCACCCGCUACAUGGUCUAUGAUGUGGUUUUCCACCCAGGCGCGCUCACGCUGGCCCGGCGCCACGAGCGCUUCCGCCAGAUGCUGGACUCCACGGCCCUGGAGGCCGUCGAGAAGCAGUUCGGCGUGAAGCUGGACCACAGAAAUGCCAAGAUGCUGAAAAUCAAAUACAAGGGGACCCCAGAAGCAGCCGUGUUGCGCACACCCCUGCCCGGGGGUGUCCCGGCCCGGCCCGAAGGGGAGCUGGAGAGCCCUCUCCCCGAUUUUCCCUACCCUUACCGGUCUCUGGCAGCCUCCGGGAACUUUGUGAGGCCCGAGCACCCGGCUCCCUCCUCUCCAGAGGCGGUCCCGCAUCCUGCCCCCACCCAACCUCGCUACAGUGUGGUGCAGCGACACCACGUGGACCUCCAGGAUUACCGCUGUUCCAGGGACUCGGCCCCCAGCCCCGUGCCUCAGGAGCUAGUGGUUACUAUCGAGCUGCCGCUGUUGCGCUCCGCCGAGCAGGCGGCGCUGGAGGUGACGGGAAAGCUGCUGUGCCUGGACUCCAAGAAACCUGACUACCAACUACGGCUCUCGCUCCCGUACCCGGUGGACGACAGCCACGGGAAGGCGCAAUUCAACAAAACCCGGCGACAGCUGGUGGUCACGCUGCCCGUGGCGCAGUCGGCAGCGCGCCGGGAGCCCGCCACGGAGCCGGAAGAGAGCGCAGGCCCACCCGGAACUGAUGGCGCCGUCUGCACUUCCGCUGACGAGGGCCAGACUGGUUUGGCUGGGGAUCUCGUGGGGGGCCAGGACUCGUCUCCCAGCAGAGCUGGGGCUGUAGAUGCCGGGAUCACUACUCCAGAUGUUGCAGGGGAGGAGCUUGUUUCCGAACUGGAGGAACGGGACUUUGGCGCGCAAGUGGUUUUGGAUACCGACUGCCGCGAAAAAAACCUUCUCGGCACUGGGAGCUCACCGGGAGACUGUGGUGGAAUCGCUCCUUGUAUUUCAGCCGGGCACCCAGACGGAGGGUCUUCUGCAGGAGGAAGGAGUGCGUGUGGAGAUCUCAGCAUUGUGACCCGCGUGGCCCGGGGAGACACGGGCUGGGAGUCUUCUGAUCCAGUCAUGGAUGGUCCCGGGACAGGCAGCGGGGGACCUCUGUGUCCUCCUUUGCAGUGUAAACAGGAUGAAGAAUCCCUGACUCUGCUAAUUCAGGUGCCUUGGAUCCAGCCGCAAAGUCUUCAAGGGGAUGUGAGCCCCCUCCGGUACAAAUUGUGCUUCUCCACCCAAGACUUAGUUUAUUAUUCCUUCCUCUUGCAGUUUGCUCCAGAAAAUAAAUUGAGUAACAAAGAACCAGUGGUUAGCAUUUCUUCAAACAAUGCAGUGAUAGAACUGGCCAAAUCUACAGGGUGCUAUGGAUAUUGGAGAGAGUGGUAUUAUGGUUUAAACAACGAUUCUUUAGAGGAAAGGUUAUUUGUAAAUGAAGAAAAUGUUAAUGAGUUUCUUGAAGACGUCCUGAGCUCUCCAUUCCAACAGACAACACCCCUAACCCCACCUUUAAUUGAAGUCCUUCAGGUUACUGAUAGCAAGAUUCAAAUUCAGGCAAAGUUGCAAAAAUGUAGUAACUCUGAGCAGCUUCAGGAAAAGGAAGAAGGAGCCAAUGAAGGAAGUCAUCUAACUGAAAAAGAAAAAAUAGAACACCCUACUACCUCAACAACGGAUUCUGAUUCAUCUAUAGCAGUUAAAGUACUAGAAAUAGACAGCUGUGGGUCUGCUGAAAACUUGCAACAAGAGUCUCUUGAUGUUUCCCCAGUGCUAUUUGGAAAGUCUCAGCAACCUGAGUCAAAAAUGGAACCUGAAUUUUUGAAAGAAAAAAGUGCUGUUUACUCAAAUGAAGGGAAAGAUAAUUUAAAAGAACCAGUAAUGGAUGAAAAGAAAGAAUUAACAGUUCACAAUAUAUCUGGUUUUGACAACAUAAAAGAAACCAAUAUGCAGGAUGGUAGUGUGCAGAUUAUUAAAGAUCAUGUGACUCAUUGUGCAUUCAGUUUUCAGAAUUCCUUGCUAUAUGACUUGGAUUAAUUCUAUAUAAUUUUAGAAUUUAAAGGUUAAAAGUUAAAAAAUUUUGGAUGUAAUACAAUUUGUUUCUGUUAACCAUUAUCUUAAAACCAAAGGUUACUCAAGAAAGCAUAUUUUCGGUUUAAAAUAUAUUCUGUUCACUCUUAAAACUGAAGAUAUUCAAGAAAUUAAAAUUUGCAAUUUUGAUUCUAAUGGGAAAACUGAAGAUAUUUUUCAGUUUAUAUACACAUUGAGUUUAUAUACAAUUUAAGUUUUGUGAUUCCAUUCCUCUGUAGAUGUAUAUUCUUUUCAAAUGAGAAACGUUUCGUUUUCUAAAUGUUGUUUCUAAACGUUGUUUGAAUAUAUAUAACCUGUAUAUAUUUACUUCUGUGUUAUUUUUGGCUUCUUUUGUUUACCAUUAGUUUCAAAAUAUUAAGUUGUGGCUGUCACAAAAAGUAAUUCUCAAGAAUGUAACUAGAAAUGUAAGUGUUGGGGCGGCUGUUUUUUGAAGUUUCACUAAAUAGGAUAGGGGUUUUUUUGCUUGAAAUAUUGUUACAGAUGAAAGAACUUUACUAAACAGUAAUAAUAAUUUGAACGAUUAUAAUGCAAAUACACUAUGAAAUUUAGUAUUUUUGAUUCCACACUGUAUUUUACUUU